GAUGACGUCAGGGUAGGUGAUGAUGUCAGGGCAGGUGAUGACGCCAUGGCAGGUGAUGACGUCAUGACAGGUGAUGUCAGAGCAGGUGAUGACGUCAUGGUAGGUGAUGACGUCAGGGCAGGUGAUGACGUCAGGACAGAUGGUGACGUCAGCCUCAGUGGAUUCGUUAGAUACAACGUAAAUUAUUUCCUUAGCCUUAGGGAAAUCUUCAUCGUCACUCGGAAGCACGUGUUUUUGAAGGGAAAAGCAUGGUAGCAGAAAGAUUAAAAAAAAAAAAAAAAAAAAAAAAUCAUAAAUAAAAAUAAAUAAAAAUUAAAAAAAAACGGUUCGUAAACACUGGGACGCGUCAGUAAUUUCCAAAGGGGGGGGGGGGGGUGCGAGUCUCUGUAAGUAAAGUAUUUGUGUAUGCCUGAGUAUGUGUUAACGAGGAUCGUGUUACAGGUGUGUUCCCACAUUGACGAGGUAAGUGUUCCCGAAAUACAUAUGGUUGGCGUCAGCUUGUUCGAGAGGAUACUCGCACAUCUGAUUCAGUUCGCUUUGUGCUAGCAGCAAACAAUCAUACAAGGGGUGGUAUCUGUCAGAGAAGGAUCCAUUAGUUGAAGGACUACAGUACUACCAACGAGACAAAUAUAACACGCAAGAUAGAGGAAGUCAGAAAGUCGACAGUUUUCGCUCGCUGAUAAAAAUUGCCAUCUUAUUUCGUCUCUUAUGAAAAGGAGGGGGGGAGGGAAAGCAAGAGAAACCCACAAGGGAAGAACACAAGGACUCAACGCCUGACUCCUGUUUUCCUUCUGUUUCGCGUCAUUCGACUGGAUCAAUAUUGCGAAUAUGUUCCACAACUUAGAAGAGCAAAAGCUGUACCGUUGUGCCGUAUGCGGCGUGACAUUCAAGAAAAAGUUUAACCUAUUACUUCAUGAAAAAAGGCACACAGGGGAGAAACCCUAUCAAUGUGAAAUAUGUGGAGCCAGUUUUCCCCGGAAAGGGAGUCUCAAGCGGCAUUUUCGGACACAUACCGGCGAAAAGCUGCACAGCUGCAUGUCCUGCGAUAAAACGUUUGCUUACAAAAGUAGCCUCGUACAGCAUUACAAGUGGCAUGCUGGGGAGAAACCCUAUGAAUGCUACGACUGCGGCAAAACUUUUACCAGAAAGAACACUCUGAUUCAGCACAUCCCUUUACACACUGGGGAGAAACCCUUCGAGUGUAACUACUGUAACAGUGUAUUUUCCCGAAAGGUUAGACUACUCCACCACAUAUGGCAACACAAUGGAGACUGGCCUUAUAAAUGCAGUUCUUGUGACAAGGGAUUUCCCGACAGAAAUGCUUUGGUCACUCAUGAAAGAAUCCAUACAGGCGAGAGACCCUACAUAUGUAACAUAUGCAAUAAAGGAUACACAUCCAAGAGUAACCUGGGUCGGCAUCUGAAGUGUCACAACUACUCUGAAGAUGAACAAGCAUCCUCGUCAUCCUCUCCGAUUACAGCUGAGGACAAUUCGACUCGCAGGAAAGACGAGAAAUUUAUGUGCCACAUUUGCCUACAAAAAUUUGUCUUCCGACGUGAGCUGGUUAAUCAUAUGAAGAAUCACGCACAAGGGAAACGUUCUGAGGACGAAAAGUUGGAAAAGACAUCAGGGAUCCCAGCGUCUUUUUACAAUGAGGUUACAACAUAUUCACAAACAGCAGACGAGAAUGACCGGCUUACUGAACAACUGCGUUCGUCGACAAUCCUUAAGAAAGACCAUGCAUUAGAAUGCAAGAUGGAACGGCUUUCCGUUGCUCCUGACAAUAAAAAAGUGACGGACACCAGUAGUCACCAACGCAAGACUUCUUCAAAGAGAAAUCACCCCAGACAGCAAUCAAAUAGCCACAUUUCCAGUACAACACCACCUCUCAGGUGUCAAGAUCUCCCUCCGUCCAACCAGAAGGCUAAGGAAGUCACAGCUGCAGAGGAAAGAGGGGAGUUGGGAGACCAAAGGAAACCCAAAGAUAUGCAAAGACCUGAACGUCGCAGCAGGGAUACCCUCACGGCGCACGCAUUAAGGACAGAGAGAACCAUAGUUCUCGAUGUCAGAACCGACUGCCUGACGAAAGCAGAGUGCGACCGAAUCCUCUUUUCCUCGGGCACCGUGCGUAUCAGAAGUCCCUCGCCUUGUGAGAACUGUGCAUUCAGAACAAGAGAUGAACACCUGUCUUUGGACACCGGCAGAGAAUAUACCGACGGGGAAAAAGACCAAACACUGAACAAUUUAGCCGACACAGAUAUCGUUGAAGGGCUGGAAAACAAUGGAAUUACGCAAGUGGGGUCACUCAAUACCACGGAAGCAAAUGGUGGUAGCUAUUUGGCAGUGAAAAAAGAGGCGAAUGUAGGCCAAUGCUUUGAGUACCAUGGCUAUCAUUCCUCUGUCAAAGAAGAAAUAGAAUUCACCGAAUUUACUGAUGAUACUUUUUAAGGUCAGUAUUGUCUCCAGUCUCCAGUACUGUGUCUAUAUUACUUAUUAUUGGUAAUAGUAUUAGGAUCAGGAUCAUUACUAUUCCUGUUGUCCUUACACACAUGAGUAACAUCUGUAGUUUGACGGCGAAAUUUGCAGUUGUUCAUUUUCCACUACAAUUAUUAUGAUUGUGCUAUAUCAAUAUUAAUAACAA